GCGCAACUUCCGGUACAGUAGUGAAGCCGUUCCAAUAUGGCGUUGGUGUAUGUCGACUGAGCGGCCUUUUGGGCUCAUUUUCAACUUGGGAAAAAAAGUUACGUCGUGCUUGCAGUACCAACAAAAACACAACCACUGUUUUCAUAUUGUGGUCAACGGUGUUUGGAAAUGAAGGAGAGAGAGCGUUCGCCGGUGAGAAAACGCUCACGGCUGUUAGACGACGGCAAAGAGCGAAGGGGAAGUCUAGCUAGCAGCAGCAGGAGGACGGCUGAGCUGCUCGCCGCCUCCAGCGACAACUGCAAAGCCUCAUCGAGGAGAAGCCUGCCCGGCGACAAAAGAGACUAUUCGGACAGCCGAGCUGCUAACGGCUAUGAUUACGGAGCCCCGUCCGGGACGCACGGGGUCGCCGACCUCGCCGCCGACACGUCCAGGUCCGCCUCACGCAGCGCCCCUCGCUCUCCUGAAAGUGAGUACAAAACUCUGAAAAUCAGCGAGCUGGGCUCUCUGCUAAACGACGAGGAGAUAGAAGAUGGACUUUUUCACGAAUUCAAGAAGUUUGGCAACGUCAGCGUCAAAAUGAGCCGGGACAACGACGAGAGGGUGGCGUUCGUCAACUUCCGGAAACCCGAGGACGCCCGAGCGGCCAAGCAUACCCGCGGUCGGCUGGUUCUCUUCGAUCGACCUCUGAAAGUGGAGGCGUUUUACAUGGGCCGGCGUAGAAGCCGCUCUCCUGUUUCCAAAGACGGAUUCCCCUCAGGACACAGACACGCUCCCUCGCAGAGACCACUCUCCCCCACGGGUUUGGGCUACAGAGACUUCCGGUUACAGCAGAUGGCGCUCGGGCCCAUCCCCCCUCCUCCCCUGCCUCACCUCACAGACGUCGAAAGAGAAGCAUAUUAUUCUCUUUAUGAUGCCAGAAACCAUGCCUCCUUCCUGCCGGAAUCUGCUGCAUUUCAAGACGAGAACUCGCCUCAGGGCGACCAGCGGCCCAACAGGACUUUAUUUCUGGGAAAUCUGGACCUUGGCCUGACAGAGAGCACCCUGCGACGGGCCUUCGACAGGUUCGGCGUCAUCACAGAGGUGAACAUUAAACGGGCCGGGCACGGACAGAGAAGCACGUAUGGAUUUGUCAAGUUUGAGAAUCUUGACAUGGCCCAUCGUGCUAAAGUAGCUAUGACUGGGAAAAUGCUGGGCCAUACCCUGGUCAAAAUCGGCUACGGCAAACCUACGCCCACUACCAGGCUUUGGGUGGGAGGUCUCGGCCCGUGGAUUUCCCUGGACGCGCUGGCUAAAGAGUUUGACCGCUUUGGUAUCAUCAGGACUAUAGACUACCGGAAGGGUGAGGCGUGGGCGUACAUCCAAUAUGAAAGUCUGGAUGCCGCUCAGGCCGCGUGCACACACAUGCAAGGGUUUCCACUCGGCGGCCCCGAUAGGAGACUCAGGGUGGACUUUGCGGACACAGAGCACCACUACAACCAGCAGCAACAGUACAUGCAGCCCCCCCUCCCGUUUCCCCACUACGACUUGGUUCCUACACCGUUCCAUCACCGCUUUGACUCCUCUGCACGAGAGCGCUCGGCCCUGCUGCCGCCUCGCUUCAGAGACCGAGAUCUCUCCUCGCCCGCAGAAUGGUCCGGAGUGGGUGCAAAAGGGGUUGGCUUCCCGUCCGCACCUCACUUGGACAGACAUUCCCGGGAGAACUGGCCGGUGGAACGCGAGUGGGAGCUGCAAGGCCGAGACGCGGGCCGUAGACGGCGACCCGUGGAACAUGGGUGGCGCCCAGACCGCUCCCCUGAAACCAAAGACUACUCUGCUGGCCGCAAUGGCAACCCUGUGGAGCAAAGCCAGGGAGUGAACAGCAGAGAUGGCGUUGGCGGUAGUGACCAUGAACACUCGCGCCCCCCGAGAGGGCGCCCAAACAGUCAGGACAAGAGAAGACGGACGCUUAGCCCGACUGCGCCGACCUUUUGCUCAGACAGAGACCUUAAACGCAGACCAAAGAGCCCAUUGGCGAAGGAGAGCGGUUCAGGGCACCAGUCUGUCCAGAGGCUGGGUCAGGUGUGGCAGGGCGUCCUCCUGCUGAAGAACAGCACUUUCCCCACGACGCUGCACCUGCUCGACGGCGACAACGCGGUGGCAUCCGGCCUGUUGGCACAGCGCUCUGAAGUUGGCCAAGCUUCACAGCUGAAAAUCAGCCAGCGCCUGCGGAUGGAUGCCCCCAAGCUUGAUGAGGUCUCCCGCCGCAUCAAGGCCGCCGGACCUAGCGGCCACGCGGUCCUCUUGGCCAUGCCCCUCAAAUGCGAGGACGCAGCAGCGCAGGAUGCCAAAGACUCGACUGACAGGCCGCUGAAGAACCUGGUGACCUAUCUGAAGCAGAAGGAGGCAGCUGGCAUCGUCAGCCUACCUGCGGGGGCUGGCCGCGGCAAGGAGCAAAGCGGCGUCCUGCACGUUUUCCCGCCUUGUGAGUUCUCUCAGCAGUUUAUGGAUGAGUCGGCAAGGGCUUUUGCCAAAUCGGAGGAUGACUACAUGGUAGUGGUCAUUAUCCGUGGGGCGUCGUGAGGAAUAGAUGAACUUGUGCUUUAUUCAAGUAUCUUUGAAAACAUUUUAAGCAGUUUGCAGUGAGCAUGCUGUAUUUACUCUUUCAUUUACAGUUCAAUUCAGUCUUCAUUCAGAAUAAUUCUAUGAAUUUAGUCUUUACUGAUUACACAGAUUACCUUUUUGGUCAAUGCUGCAGGAAAAAAAAAUCUUUAGGUCUUAAUAUUUUUUUUAAGUCAAUGUUAAAUGUUUGAUGCCAUAGCUCCAUAUUGCUAAACACCUGUGGGGUAUAUGUGCAAUUGUAUAUGGUUAAAUGAUCUUCAAGCAAGCAUUUUUGUCAGUAACUAUGCCAUAAUGUAACAAUUCACCAACGUAGUCCUCAUUAGAUUCACGUUUUUGUUCUAGAAAUCAGCAGUAAAAGAAUAUUAUAUUACUAACAACCCCAAAACUUGCUUUUAUUUAUGUUCUAAUCGACCAAAUUAUGUUAAAUAUUGUUUAUGUUGUAACCUGUAGCAGUGAUUGUGUAACCUGUUGAUGAAGCCUUUAGAAACACUGCCAGCCUGAGUAAACUCAAUUGUUAAAAAAAAAAGCCAGGAGGUUGUGAGAGGAUACUCUGUAGGCCUUCCUCUGACUGACGGGACUUUUCUUUGUUUUCUUUUCAAAUGGACCGUGUGUGUGUGUUUGUGUGCGCGUGUGCUGUAUACUCAGGAUAUCUGGACACAGACAUGGAGAACGUCGGUGCCCGUGGGAAGUAAACAAAGUGCACUUCACAGAUUGUGUCUCAAUAAAUUUGCUCAUUCGUGGGAACCACAAGGAA